GAAAGGAAAUUGCGGAAAAAACUUUUUGAAAAUGCCAACAUUAUAUAUGUACGUGUAGCUACUAAUCUUAUCAGGCAAGAAAAGCUUCCAUUUUGAGUCUGCAGAGUUUUCUUCUUCUUUAAGCUCGCUCCCUGCAACAAUGGUUCUAGAGGCGACUAUGAUAUGCAUCGAUAAUUCGGAAUGGAUGCGAAACGGCGAUUACUCUCCCUCUCGUUUUCAAGCUCAAGCCGAUGCUGUCAGCCUUAUCUGUGGCGCCAAAACACAAUCCAAUCCAGAGAAUACAGUGGGAAUUUUGGCCAUGGCAGGGAAAGGAGUUCGUGUUUUAACAACUCCUACUGCCGAUCUUGGCAAAAUUUUGGCUUGUAUGCACGGCAUUGAAAUGGGGGGUGAGAUGAAUAUGGCAGCUGGAAUCCAGAUUGCUCAACUAGCUCUUAAGCAUCGCCAAAACAAAAAUCAGCAGCAAAGAAUAAUAGUUUUUGCUGGAAGUCCUGUCAAAUAUGACAAAAAGGUACUAGAGAUCAUAGGGAAGAAAUUGAAAAAGAACAGCGUAUCUCUAGAUAUUGUAAAUUUUGGUGAAGAAGAUGAUGGAAAGCCACAGAAGUUGGAGGCCCUCCUUUCUUCUGUCAACAAUAAUGACAGCAGCCAUAUUGUUCAUAUUCCUCCAGGUCCAGAUGCACUCUCUGAUGUGCUUAUCAGCACACCUGUAUUCAAUGGCGAUGGAGGAAGUGGCUUUCCUGCAGCAGCUGCAGCAGCAGCAGCUGCAGGUGGGAGUGACUUUGAUUUUGGUGUUGAUCCUAAUCUAGAUCCUGAGCUGGCUCUUGCGCUUAGAGUUUCCAUGGAAGAGGAGAGGGCAAGGCAAGAAGCUGCUGCCAAGAGGGCUGCAGAAGAAGCUAGUAGACAAGAAAAGGUAGAGGAACCAUCAUCUACUUCACAGGAUGCAACUGUGGUUGAAAAAACUAAUGAUAGCGCUGUUGAAGCAACUGGGAAUAGUACAGAUCCAAUGGAUGAAGUGAACGCGUUGUUACAGCAGGCUAUUGCACUGUCAAUGCAAACUCCUGGAUCAGAUGAUUCCUCUGCACGUGAUGUUGAUAUGUCAGAAGCAACUAUUGAAGAUCAGGAUUUGGCAAUCGCUCUUCAAAUGUCCAUGCCAGACAAUGCAAAAGACUUGUCAGGUGAAUCAGAUAUGAGCAAGGUGAUGGAGGAUCAAUCAUUUGUGUCAUCUGUCCUUGCAUCACUUCCAGGAGUCGACCCUAAUGAUCCAUCAGUCAAAGACCUACUCGCGUCCUUGCAAGGCCAAUCUGAGUCUGAACAAAAGAGGAAUGAAGACAAGCUGCCAAAUGAUGAGAAGUGAAGUUUUUCAUGGCAAAAGCUUCUAUAUCAAUGACAAUCUGCAUCUUAGCAUGGAUGAUACCUCAACAGUAGGGCAACUGAGCAAGGCUCCUCUAUUCAUCUUGGCCACCGUAUCUGAGAACAGAUGGAUAAUGAGAUGUGUGUAGAAAAGAUAUUAAAUUUAGGGUGCCUUAAAGAGAGGGAGAAAAAAGAAAAAGAAAAGUUCUAGUGCUUUUCAUCUUACGCUUUUUAACAUGGAAUGGGAAAAUGGAACUUAUUGAAGUCUAGCAUGAAAAUUGGAAUUGCUGUAUUGAAAAAAGUAUGAAUUUAGAUGAAAAAGCAAUCUGCAAGUACUAUUUAGUUGUCCUUAACUUGUUCUGAUUAGGAAUAUGUGAAAAUGUAGUUUAAAAACAAAAUUUAGUGCCCCUUAAAUCAAUAUUUUCAAUGGUGCUUUUUUCUUA